AUGAAAUUCUAAUCAAUGGUGAUAGUGCUGUUUCUAUGCAAAAUCUCAUUACAAAACUUGGAAAUCAAUUUGCCCUGAAAACAAUGGGCGAAGUUAAUCAUUUUUGGGGUUUUGAGGCUCUUAGAACUUCAGAUGGUUUUCUUCUCAAUCAAUCUAAGUAUGCUUUGGAUUUAAAAGUUGGUAAAUUGGACUCUCCUAAAGAACUUUGGGAAAAAUUACAGGAAUUAUAUACUGAAACUUCUUUGCCAAAUAAGUUGUUUCUGCUUGAGAAAUUUUUCCGGUUCAAACUUGAUUUGUCCAAAGAUAUGGAUGAUAAUUUGGAUGUGUUUACCAAACUUGUUCAGGAUAUUAAACAAACUGGUGAUAAGCAUAUUGAUUAUUAUACCCCUAUUGUGCUCUUGAAUGUUAUACCUGAUUCUUACAGUGAUGUGAAAUCUGCUAUUAAGUAUGGUAGAGAUAAUGUGAAUCUUGAAACUGUUGUGAAUAGUUUGAAAAGCAAAGAGCUUGAUUUGAAAACAAACAGGG